AUGCCCACUGGAUACGAUGCCUCACGUCCCAGUGCUGUUUUUCUCAAGCUGGGCGCCUGGUGGUCGGGUGCUGGGUACCGUACCGUCCCAUACGCCAUUGGCUCCUGUGCCACACGGAGAGAACAGGCGCGGGGAGCUCUGCGUCAGCAUGUGCUGCAGGAUCUGAAAAAACGGGGACUCCGGGUGCAGGGGUACGGGCUGCCGGCCUCCCUUGCCCGGGCCGAGGGUCCCCGAGGCAGUAGCUCAGUGGUGCUGCCGCCUGCUUCACAAGCGCAAGGUUCCAAGUUCAAUCCCCGGUACCAAGAAAUAAAACGACCCCAAAAAAGAAGUAGACCCUAUAAUACAUGUAUCACCGAGACGCUGCCCACCCUCAGGUACCGCUACUACCAGAACGUGUGCACGCACAGCUACUCCUUCGUGUGGUGGGACUGGGCGCGCUGGGAGCGGGAGAUCGACUGGAUGGCGCUGAACGGCAUCAACCUGGCUCUGGCCUGGAGCGGCCAGGAGGCGAUCUGGCAGCGGGUUCGUGUCCCCGGGGCCCUCGCUGCCCCGCCUGCGGAGGUGGACGAACACUUCACCGGCCCGGCCUUCCUGGCCUGGGGGCGCAUGGGCAACCUGCACGGCUGGGGCGGCCCUCUGCCCCGUGCCUGGCACCUCAAGCAGCUCUACCUACAGCACCGGGUCCUGGACCGGAUGCGUGCGCUGGGCAUGACGCCUGUGUUGCCUGCGUUUGCCGGGCAUGUCCCCAAGGCCAUCACCAGGGUGUUCCCACAGGUCAAUGUCACCCAGCUGGGCAGCUGGGGACACUUCAACUGCUCCUACUCCUGCUCCUUCCUUCUGGCUCCGGGAGACCCCAUCUUCCCCCUCAUCGGGAGCCUCUUCCUGCGAGAGCUAAGCAGGGAGUUCGGCACAGACCACUUCUACGGGGCUGACACUUUCAACGAGAUGCAGCCGCCCUCCUCCAAGCCCGCCUACCUGGCGGCAGCCACUGCUGCAGUGUAUGAGGCCAUGACUGCAGUGGACCCCGAUGCUGUGUGGCUGCUCCAAGGAUGGCUCUUCCAGCACCAGCCUGAGUUCUGGGGCCCGGCCCAGGUGGCGGCGGUGCUGGGGGCCGUGCCACGGGGCCGCCUGCUGGUUCUGGACCUGUUCGCGGAGAACCAGCCUGUCUACACCCGCACAGCCUCCUUCAGGGGUCAGCCUUUCAUCUGGUGCAUGCUGCACAACUUCGGCGGCAACCACGGGCUCUUUGGAGCCAUGGAGGCCGUGAACCGGGGCCCUGCAGCCGCCCGCCUCUUCCCCAACUCCACCAUGGUGGGCACAGGCAUCGCGCCCGAAGGUAUCGGCCAGAACGAGGUAGUCUACGCGCUCAUGGCGGAGCUGGGCUGGCGGAAAGACCCGGUGCCCGAUCUGUCGGCCUGGGUGGCCCGCUUUGCAGUGCGGCGGUAUGGGGUGGCCCAGCCGGACGCUGUGGCGGCCUGGAGACUUCUGCUCCGCAGCGUCUACAACUGCUCAGGCGAAGCCUGCCGUGGCCACAACCGCAGCCCGCUGGUCAGGCGGCCGUCCCUGCACAUGAACACCACCGUCUGGUACAACAGAUCCGACGUGUUUGAGGCCUGGCGGCUGCUGCUCAGGGCCACACCCAACCUGACCUCCAGCCAGGCCUUCCGCUACGACCUGCUGGACGUCACCCGCCAGGGCCUGCAGGAGCUGGUCAGCCUGUACUAUGAGGAGGCACGGGCGGCCUACCUGCACCAGGAGCCGGAGGGGCUACUGAGGGCUGGGGGUGUCCUGGCCUACAAGCUCCUGCCCGCACUGGAUGAGGUGCUGGCCAGUGACCGCCGCUUCCUGCUGGGCAGCUGGCUGGAGCAGGCCCGGGCGGUGGCUGUGAGCGCAGCCGAGGCCGACCUAUAUGAGCGGAACGGCCGCUACCAGCUGACCUUGUGGGGACCAGAAGGGAACGUCCUGGACUACGCCAACAAGCAGCUGGCAGGGCUGGUGGCCGACUACUAUGCGCCCCGCUGGCGGCUCUUUGUGGAGACCCUGGCCAACAGCCUGGCCAGGGGUGUCCCUUUCCAGCAGCACCAGUUUGACAGUGACGCCUUCCAGCUGGAGCAGGCCUUCGUCCUGAGCAAAAAGAAGUACCCUGGCCAGCCCCGGGGUGACACUGUGCAGCUGGCCAGGAGCAUCUUCCUCAAGUUCGCCCCCCGGAAGGUGGCCAGCACCGGGUGACGGUGACACCACAAGACCAUGGUUCCCUGGACUGGGCCUGACCAGCAUCCCGGGGACUUGGUUCUGGGAGGAAGGACUGAGGUCUGGCUCAGGGGUGUGGGUGCCUUGGAGAGGAGGGGGCUUCCUCCCCGGCCACCCCAAUUUGGGAUUAAAGUGCUGUUUUCUGUCACUUGAUAACUGCAGUCGGCCUGGUCUGUCCAAAGGAGUUCACUGAAUGGCCUCUGUGAGGACUGGGUUCUCCACCUGUGCCAGUUUCCCGUUUUUCAUGCUAACCCGUGGCAUGUGAACAGAGUGCCCUUUCACAGCACAGCAGCAAACCCUGACGCCCGUAAUUGUGGUUCAAGGAACUCAGUGCCCCAGGGUCCCACGCUCCCUACAAGGCCACCCCACCCUCUCACCACACCUGGACAGUUUGAGGCCACAGUCAACACUGUUUGUUCCUUGAUUUUGACCCAGAGCUGGGUGGGCUGCCCUGCUCAGGGACGGUGGAGUGGCCUUGAGAUUGCAGGCAGACACAACAAGGGGCAGGCACAGCGGGGAUAUCAGGACCCGCUGCUGAGCCCCAGAGCCCUGCACCAUGCA